GGCAAGCGGAUGUUGUCGAACCUUUUUAGCAGGCAGCAGCAGGCUCACCCACAGGGGAAAGGAGCAACAGAAGACGGCUAAUUUGACCUCCAGUGUUUUUACCCUACCUCAACUGACUUUAAACAUCACGCCACCAAUGUCGUCAUUUCACCGCAUGGAAUAUUUUUUAAUGACUUCACCGUGACAUUUUUGUUUGCCGUGUCCGCGGCGAGUUAGCAUACCGGCUAGCGACAGGCUAACUGGGCUAAUUCAACUAUGGCAAGUGCGGGACUCUUUGGACUGGGAUGACGAAAGCAGUUCGUCAAGGUCUGGCAAUUAUUAACAUUUACGGUCUACUGGUAGGUUUCUGGCGGUUGUAAGCGUUAUGGAGAACUCCUUGGCAAGGACUACAGUUAUUUGCCCUCAUCUAAUAAAUGGGGAGUGGGCCUUUUGAACGUUACUAUUCAGAAAGUCAACAUUUGCUUUCGUGUGUGUGUGUACUCGUGCACAGCAAGUGGUGACACUGGAUUUUAAUUGCGUCCACCAGGUAUUAAACAAUAAUUUAUUCGAUUGCAAAAUUAAAAAACAGAAGUCCAUGUAUUUGGGUUUCGUGUCACACAUCCUGCUUCCAGUAGAUCCGGGUGACAGCAUGGAAAAGUCAACAACUGUUACGUGGAACCAUUAAUAUGGCACUGAUACAACAUUCUCAGUCAUUUACUGACAAGGGAGAUGGCGUGCGAGUGCCUAAGGUUCGCUGUGUGGUAGUUAUAGUUUCUAGCUGCUAUUGUAACAAAAUGCCAAGAGACUAAUCGAGAGUCAAGUGAAAUUGUAUACAUUGCUGCACAUCUGGCCACGAUGCCAUCGGCACUGUUUGUCUUGAUGCUGCCGGCGGCGUUAUGUAGCCUGGGACUUGCCAUGUCACGGGAUGAGAAGCUCAAGUUGAGGGAUCAAGUGGUCGAGAUGUUCGACCACGCGUACCAGAAUUACAUGGACCAUGCUUACCCAGCCGACGAGCUGAUGCCGCUAACAUGCAGAGGAAGAGUGCGUGGACUGGAACCCAGUCGGGGUGAUGUGGACGAUGCGCUCGGAAAGUUCUCGUUGACCCUCAUUGACACUCUGGAUACUCUUGUGCUUUUGAACAAGACGGUGGAGUUUGAGGCUGCGGUCAGGAGAGUCCUGUCAGACGUCAGGUUGGAUAACGACAUUGUGGUGUCGGUGUUUGAAACCAACAUUCGAGUUCUGGGGGGUCUCUUGGGCGCUCACUCCAUGGCUGUGAUGCUGAAGGAAGAAGGACAGCACAUGCGUUGGUACCAAGACGAGCUGCUGCACAUGGCCAAAGACCUGGGCCUCCGACUGCUGCCGGCAUUCAACACCAGCAGUGGCCUUCCUUACCCCAGGGUGAACUUGAAGUACGGCGUCAGGGGGCCCGAGACACGGACGGGCACAGAAACCGACACCUGUACGGCAUGCGCGGGAACCAUCAUCCUGGAAUUUGCUGCCUUAAGUCGCUUCACUGGGGAUCCAGUUUUUGAGGCUCAUGCCCGGAGAGCCCUGGACUUUCUUUGGGAGAAGAGGCAGAGGAACAGCAAUCUGGUGGGAACCACCAUCAACAUCCACUCGGGAGAGUGGGUCCGCCGGGACAGCGGAGUUGGAGCAGGAAUUGACUCGUACUAUGAAUACCUCCUCAAGGCCUACGUUCUUCUGGGAGAUGACCAGUUUCUUCAGCGCUUCAAUAUUCACUAUGCAUCCAUAAUGAAGUACAUAAGCCAGCCCCCCUUGCUGUUGGACGUGCUCAUCCACAAGCCGCUGCUUCCCACUCGCACCUGGAUGGACUCUCUGCUAGCUUUCUUCCCUGGUCUGCAGGUGUUGAAGGGAGACAUCCGUCCUGCCAUUGAGACUCAUGAAAUGUUGUAUCAAGUCACCAAGAAACACAACUUCCUCCCCGAGGCCUUCACGACAGAUUUCAGGGUACACUGGGCCCAGCAUCCUCUGAGGCCAGAGUUUGCCGAGAGCACCUAUUUCCUUUACAAGGCCACAGGAGACCCGUAUUAUCUCGAAGCGGGUCGCACCAUCAUGGACAACCUCAACCGCUUUGCUCGGGUCCCGUGCGGUUUCGCUGCCAUGAAGGACGUGCGGACCGGCAGCCACGAGGACCGAAUGGACUCUUUCUUCCUGGCCGAGAUGUUCAAGUACCUUUUCCUACUUUUCGCUGACCCGGAGGACCUCCGCUUCGACGUGGAGGACUACAUCUUCACCACCGAAGCACAUCUGCUGCCUCUGUCGCUCUCCACAACACCUCACCUUUCAUCCGUCCCCCCAAACGGAACGAUACCUCAGUCGAAGCAGGAACUGGACGACUCCAACUUCGACUGGACCUGCCCCAACACGCGUCUCAUGUUCCCCGACCCGGCCUUCCCACGUAACCUGAGGGAACCCAUCCGGAGCGCGGUGGACAAGAGCUGCCCGCGGCCCGCCGCUUACAGGCAGCCCGGCAUGGGAGCCCCUCCUCUGAGAGCUCAGGACUUCAUGGCCAACAACCCAGAACAUCUGGAGCUGCUGAGGCGGAUGGGCGUCAGCCUCAUCCACUUGAAGGAUGGCAGGGUGCAGCUGGUGCAGCAUGCCGCGCAGGCGGUGAGUCCCAUCGCAGCGGAGGAUGGCGUCCGCUUCAUGCAGGAGAUGAUGGAGCUCUCCAGCCAGCAGCAGAAGGAGCAGCUGCCUCCCCGAGCCAUACAGAUCAUCUCGCAUCCCUUCUUCGGCCGCGUGGUGCUGACCGCCGGCCCGGCGCAGUUCGGCACCGACUUGUCCAAAAGCUCCGCGGGGGUCCGAGGCUUUGUCACCGUUGCCCAGCCGUACAGCGGCUGCGACGAGAUCACCAACAGCGAGAUUGUGCGGGGCCACAUCGCUCUGCUGCAGAGGGGCCAGUGCAUGUUCGCCGAGAAGGCGCGGCACAUCCAGAAGGCCGGCGCCAUCGGCGGCAUCGUCGUCGACGACAGCGUGGGAAGCAGCAGCGACACGGCGCCGCUCUUCCAGAUGGCCGGUGACGGCCGCAACACGGACGACAUCACUCUGCCCCUCCUCUUCGUCUUCUACAAGGAGGGCAACAUCCUGCUGGAGACGCUGAAGGAAUACAGGGAGGUGGAGGUGCUGCUGAGCGACAAAGCCCGAGACAGAGCUGCCAUAUUCAAAGGUAAACCUCUUCCCGGAAGUCUGUUUGAGGGCAGCGCCGACGUCCAACAGGCGGAGGCGGACUUCCAAACCGAGGCCACCGCGCCGACGGGAUCCGAGUCGGAGGUGACUGCGGAAGAUCAAGGCGCCGCUCCGGCGGAAGGUGAGGACGUCGGGUCGGCGGAGGACGUCGGGUCGGCGGAGGACGUCGGGUCGGCGGAGGACGUCGGGUCGGCGGAGGCCGACAUGCCGAAAGCGGACUCCGGGGAGGAUGAGGAGCCUAGGGAUGACGCGGACGGCGCCGACCAAUCUGUGGACCAACUGGCUGACUGGCGGGACGACUUGGAGGCCUUCCGGCAGAUGGAGAAAGACGAGCUUUGACGCUCCCGUCCAACGGUGACCCGACGCCGUCGGCGCGCUCGCGGCCUCAUCGGCGGACCGCACGCAGUCCCAAAGCGAGUCUGGCCCGCCCCGAGUGGACCACGAUGGAGACCUCUUAACCCUGCUUGAUGACGGAUGACAGCUAGGGUUGCAAAAUUGCGGGAAUUUGAAAAGUUGGAAACUCUCCAUUCAAGGAGGAGUUUGCGGUUUUUAAAUCGCAAACAAGAUUUUAAUGUAAUUCUCGUCAAGUUUCCAAUUUGGAAUGUUUCCAAAGUUCCCAUGGACUGCUACGUGAAAAUCUUUUCAAUUCUACUCUUACCUCACUGACAUUUCGUGACCAUAACUGAUUCCUAUCAAAUGGACAGAUUUUGUAUUUUGUGUAUAAGACCAGUGUUUCCCAACUAAGGCACUUCUCUCAAAAAGUUCAGAAUAUCCAGCUUUUGGGUCAAAUAGCAAGUUAAUUGUAUAUUCGAAUAUCUAGUGGAAGAGUACUUGAUUGUUAGGCCUGCCACUAUGUGUUGCUGGCGUGGACGGAUGCAGAUAGAGAAGGUAAAUUCAUUUGCUUACGUAAUCAAAUCUCUGGUUGGAAUUGGUUAAUUUCCCUCAACGUGGUUGGGAAUCAUUGAUCUCCACCAAUCAGUGAGUUUUGUCACUGCGUUUUGUUCUCUGAGGAAUUAAGGAAAAUGGAGGGGCAGGUUCUAUAGAAAUCAACAGUUUUCUCUUUCGUAUUUGUUUAAUGUAACUAACAUCAGAUCCGUGGUGGUCAUUAUUUGCGCUGGUGUCCUAUGCAUUGCAGACUUUUUGUAAAAAAAGAAGAAAAAAAGAACAUCUUUCAUUCAUCAGUGGAUCUUUAUUUAAUUAAAAUUUGAUUUGAAUUUCUUGCGCAAUAUGAAGUGUUUGGGAAAGGUCUAAAACUGUGUCAUUGGGUGCUGCUCCGAGUGGAUGCUUAAUGAGAAACCAAACAUCAUUUCACCUCGUCAAUUCACGACUCACAAAAAGUUUGGAAUCUGCAUGAAAAUGUAUCCAAAUGAAUCUAAAAUGUGCAAGACCGUGUACAGGUCAACAUGAUGACAUUUUCUGUGCUUAUUGACUGAACUAACGCAAAAAGGUGUUUGCUCGUAACCGUUCAAGCCACAGCAACGUGUCAAGCCUGUAUUUGCCACCCUACGGUGUGAAACUAUGAAAAUGAUGAUGAGCAGAAAGAAUAUGAGAAACAACACUGAUGAGUAACUGAAUAAAACGUGAGACUUUCGAGGA